UCCCGUUCUUGGAGCGCGAACGGUUAAGGACAGAGACGGCCACGAGAAAAUGGCGAAUAUGGAGGAGUUUUUGUACGGGCAUAGCGUCAUAUUUUAAACUUUAUGCCAUUUUAAUAGCUUUUUAUACUCGGUGGUGUUUAUUUUAUGCAUUUCUGGCUAGGUUUUUUUAUUAAACGGCGAGCGCUACUCGUGUGUCACACUAACGGAAGAUCAUUUAAAAUAUGUUGUUGUUACUCUAGCUAGCUACAUUAGCUUAAUAGCAGGAAACAUGAAGUGCCUUCGUUAGCAAAUAAAUGACCGCAGAAAUGACAAAUACAUUUAUAUUAUUAAUGGUUGAGUAAAAGGACUCUGUCACACUUCAUCUGAAGUCAUGGCUUUACACAAUUUGGUGUUCGUCAUCGAUGUGGAUUAUAGAGAUCACGAGUCAGGAGAGCAACUGGAUGUCAACAAUCAUCUGUUGAAACGAGGAAUAUUACAAACCCUGCUGCAUUUCGGCUACAAAUAUGGAUUUGACAAAGUGCGCUGGGGUUAUAAAUUCUUCCAAUCCAAGACUGGCCGAAAUGCAAGCCUCAUAUCAAGGGGGUCAGACUUCAAGGAGCUUCGUCACAAGACUUUUGAGGACUUUGAAAUAGAGUUUGAAGCUAAGGUUGACGUGAAGGAUAAAUCGUGUCCGUCAAAGCAGAAGCAGAAAUUCAAUCAUUCUGCCUGUGUUCACAAUGCACUCAAAGAAACCCUGCUGGACUUCCAGUGGGACAGACCAGACAUCACCUCUCCCACCAAACUGUCUCUCAGGCCGAGGAACUCUGUCCAAGCUGGAAAGCCCAGUGUUUCAUUGGAGGAUGAGACUUCCAGCAAGGGGAGGAAUUUGGUGUUUGUUGUCUCGGAGUGUCCACGCUCCAGGUCACAAUUUGUGGACUAUCUUUCUUUGGGAAACAGUGACCUGCCCACAGAUGUGACAGAUCAAAUAUUACCCAGAGGCCUUCACGACAUGCUGCUUCAGCGACAGGUUGUGCUGCACUGGAUUGACAGUAGAUCACAUGUCCAGGUCAUGAAGUGUGAGGAUCAUGUUGGCACUGAGAAGCUGUCUGAGGUCCUCGCUCAGCUGGGUGGCAGAGUGAUCCCUGUGAUUGCUCUGCUGAACCUCUGUUCCACUCAAAAGCCAGACUCAGGCUUCAGCAGACAGACCUUUGCAUUCAAGUCCAACGUUGGAUACCUCCUGUCUUCUGAAAGGCUCCACCGCCUGGCUUUUCCUGUCACAGGUGGUGUUCUGCAGUGGGAGCAAGGUGACAUGACACAGAUCUGUGGCGUCACGGUAGAGCCAGUGUCUCGCAGACGCAGGCUUCUCCCAGAGUCGCUGGAAGUGUGUCUGAAAGCAGUGCUGCAGGGCUGGGAUGCCUCCUCUCUGACGCAGAGCUCCACAGAGUCGUGGCUGCUUCAGUGCUCCAGCGGCAGUGAGGAGCGAGGAGCUGCUGCUGCCCUCCAGCACCUCCUGAUGGAGCUGUCUGCUCGUGCUCUGCACAUGCUGUCUGAGGUGAAAGACAACGGCCUGGUGUAUUCGGCUGUCCUCUCCCCCCUGUCACACACUACAGCUCUGCUCACCAUCCUCCAGUCUGGAGUCGCCCAGAACGAACAGAUCCUAACCAGCGAAAUCCUUGCCCCUGCCACAUCAGAAACAUCGGCUGAUUUGCCUGAUGUUGUGAGCAGUGUCCUGGGAGUAGUGUAUGACAUCAUGGAGGAGGAUGGAGGAGACACUGUUGAGGACCAACCCAUAGGUCAUCAGGUACCGGAGUGGGCUCAGCAGGAAGUCAGCCGUCGCCCGCUGACAACAGGCGUGUUGGAGUGUUGGUUCCCUCAGUCAGACCAGUCAGGAGUGAGUUCUCAUUUAAUGGAGUCGAUGAGGUUGCUGGAUGCAGUGCCAGAGUCAAAAGAAGAGGGGGAGCUGUCUGUCGUACAGCAGGAGCUGAUUGGUGGGCUGGCUGAACUGUAUCAAACAUCCAAAGGGGCAGAUGCCAAGAGGGGCAAGAAGAAACGUGGCGCCCAGCGUACACCGGUGAAGCAGAAGAUGAAGACCAUGAGCCGCUCCCUGCAGAUGCUGAAUGUGGCGCGGCUGAAUGUCAAAGCCCAAAAGGAUCAGGCAGAGGAGGAGCAGCUGGGGGCCAAGGGCCGGGGGGCCGACAGGCAGAAGACAAGGACCAGUAACAGGAACAAAUCUAGAGGAGUGAGCCCCAUCACUUUCACUAGUGAGGAGGAGCUGCUGUCCCAUCUGAAGAGCAGCUGCGAGAAGGCUUUGGCAGAGAGAGACUCGUCCCUCCUCACCGGUGUCCAGCAGCUCCUGUUUGCUGUGAAGACCUUCUUUGGGACCGGAUCUGACCUGGAGGUAAAGACCUCUCAGAUUGUCCAGCAGCACCUCCUCAAGACCAGCAAGUCCAUACGGCAGCUCUAUAGCACAGCUGCUGAUGUUGAUAGCAAAGUCAUCCAGUGCAAGCUGCAGGCGUUACUGAGGCUCGAGUUGUGUAGACUUUUCUCAGCAAAGCAGUCUGACUCACUGGAUGUUGAUCAGAUGGCAGAGGAGGUGGCUGACAUGCUCAGGAUAAUCUCCCUCACUAAAGACCCCGUUGUCGUAGAGAGGUUCCUUGGAGACGAAGUCCUGCCGGGGUUCCUGACAGCUGUCCCCAGAGUGCUGGCAGACGUGUACCACAGUCUGGGCACGCAGCUCCCAGAGGCUCUGGUGGCGUCUCUGCCCGCCGACUUCUUCAGCGACGAGUCGGUUACUAAGGACAGCGUUUCUCCCUCGGCCUCCUCCCCUCCUCUCUCCACACACAGCCUGCUCUCAGACGGCAGAGAUCGCCUGCAGAGCCUGAGGAACCGCUCCCCCGGCAAGAGGAGGAGUGGGAUGCUGACUCGUCAUCGCAGUAUGACUGAAUCAUCGCAGAGUCUUCGCCAAAUAGAGAUCCCCAAAAAGACAACAAGAGCUGACCCCUAUCACAUGUCCAAAUCAAAGGGCUGCGUUGCUUUGGAGAAACCUGCUGCACAACCUCCACCUCAGAAGCAAGAUACUCAAGAGGUGACGAAGGUGAGACGAAAUCUGUUCAACCAGGAGAUCGUUUCCCCUUCAAAGAAAGCCAAGAUGCCGAGGAGCCAGUCUGUGUCCGCUGUGGAAGGUUUGAAACGCAAGAGUACUGCUGAAUCAGAAGAGCGACACAAACUUAUGACAAAGAAAGUGUGUGAAACCCCGCACCACAAGCAAGGGUCAAAUCGCCUGCUAUACCGGCAGAAAAUGGGAAGGAGAUCUGUCCCAACUGAGGAGUGCAUUGUGGAAGAGUCACCAGUAAAACCUGCAGACGACCUAAGAAGGAGCCCAAGAAUAAAGAAGUUUGCUCGAAGACACUCGAACGUCUUCUACUCCAGUUCUCAACCUCGCUCGAGCAACCUGGAGAGAGCUCUCUCUGCCUCGCAGCUCUCUCUCAGCGAUGGAAAGAUCAGUGGAAUAAACGUAAAAAUGGUCCGAUCUCCCAUGAGACUUCUCUUCGGGGCGGCUGAGUCCCCGAGUCGUCUUUCUGACCCGCCGACUGCGACCAGAGCCACCAGGUCCCGCCUGUACACUGACUCCAGUGUGUUUGAGAGCCCAAAUAAAACGCCAACUAAGUCACCUGGUAAACAUGGGAGGGCCACACAUGGGACCAGAACUCCAAGGACCCCUCGUACCCCAGGAUCCCCCAAAACCCCGCCUCGGUUCAGGAUGCGUGUUUCCCCCGCUGCUCAGAGCCCAGUAGCAGGAAGCUCUCGUGAAGUAGGUAUGGCUCUGAGAGGAAGUCCAUUCAGAUCUCCAGCCAAACGCGCUCUUGUGGUCGAGACACCGACUAAAGAGAGCCCUCUGAGGAGCCCGCUGAAGGGGAUUCUCAGGACUCCGAUCAAGGUCUUGGUUGAAUCCUCUUCCGGGUUACAUAUUCUCAAUAGCCCAAUUACCCAGACUCCCAAGAAGAGCGUCACAUGGUCUCCAUCUCCUCGAAAAUGUAGAGUGACAGAGAGCAGCGGUACUUUCAAGGUGCCAGAGUCGCCGAGCGUUGCAUCUCGCUCUUCUCCUACACUGAGAAACAAACUGUUCUGCAGUCCUGUCAAAAGCACAAACACUAAAAGAGACAUUUUCAAGACUCCAGAAAAGACUUGUCAAGUGAGACUGGUGAGGAUUUCUGAAACUCCGGAUAAAGUUCUUCUGACACAGAAUACAAAUCCAAAGUCCUCUGAAAAACUUGACAGAAUGAAAACCCCUGAGAAAGUCAGUCUACUGGAAAUGUCUAACCCUAACCCUCCACAAUCCACACCACCACAAAACCAUAACCUGUCACAUAAACCCAACACUAGAACUAAUUCGAAGACUCUUAGUCCUGAUCGCAUGGUGACUCGUUCUGGACGAACUCCAGCCAAACAUGUAAACAUUUCAUCUCCAUGUAAGCCAGUGUUUGCUCCAGCAGAAGGUUCUACCAUUUCAGAAGGACCAGAUAAAUCAAGAAAGACUCCAGUAAAGUCCUUAAGAAGAACAAGGUCUGGUCAAGGUGUUGAAACCCCCAGAUGCAACUUAAGAUCCCAGUCUAGUGAGAAUCUUCCCUCGAAACUAAACACAGAACCUGCUGAGCACUGUGAGCUUGUGGUGAAGGACAUUCAGUCCGAUACAAAAGACGAGGUACAAGCAGAACCUUCACAAACCUCUGAAACGGACUCUAGUCCCCACAGAGAUUCCCACCAGCUUGACUCUUCACGUUUUAACUCCACAGACGAUGAAAGUAUGGAUAUUGUCGAUGCUGCGGUUGUCAAGACUCAGUUCAGUGGAGGUAUCAAGAUGAACAUCAGCUUUUCACGAAAGACCUCAACGUCCGGGGAAGACUUUUUGUCGAACAUGUCGUCUCCUAAAUCACGUCCGGCACUCCCGGGAACACCUAGCCGGAGCUACGGUUUCCGACAGACCCCCGACCGCCAACAGAGGGAAGCUGCAGCUCGUCUGGGUUACGGAAAUGAAUCCCCUCGAUUUUCAACCCCAAGAGGUCCAGCUAAACUUAGUCGUCAAAAGAGCAUGGAUACUCCCAACCCUAUGACUUACCAGGUAGAAAUGGAAAUGGAAAUGCAAACAUCGGGAGUUCCUAAGCUCAAAAUCAAACGUACAGAUUCCAUGAACGCGGGCGAUUCGGCCUCAGACGGCGGCCCUCGAUCGGGAGCUUGGAGCCCCUUAGUUCGUGUGAAACCUUCUCAGCUGGAAAGCCCCUUGGCUCUGUUCUCUAAGCACAGAGAUCCGGCAUGUGUCUCACCGUCUCUCUGUACUCACGUCACCCCGGCAAAGAUUACGCCUAGAAAAGGUGGGAGCGUACAAACGUUCAUUUGUCAGUCCUACACCCCGACACACUAUCCUGGGGGAACAAUGUCUCCUAUGAUAGCAGACAUAAUCCCCCUCACUCCUUCACCACAGAGCGGAGGUAAAGCCACUCCUGACAACCUGAACAGCUGGCCCCGCAGGAAGAGAGCUCAGAUUGGGAUGGGUGGAGGCAAGGGUCGGGGCCUGAAGAUGGAGCCUAUGCUGGAGGAGUUGUUAGAGCAAGCUGAACUCGGAGUUAGCAGACUGCAGGACGUCGAGGACACGGAGGAGCCGUCAAACAACAAAGCAGCAGGAUCAGCCUUGACCUCUAAACAGUCUCUCCCAGCUGGAGCAGAUGCUUCUCCUCUGUCUCCACUGGAGGACUUGUACUGGUUGGAGCAGCUGGGUGGAGCUGAUCCUCAGGGAGAAGAAGAUGAUGAAGACAUCCUCUGGGCCACCGGGACUGGAGACGUCAAGUCAGUAGCGACGCCCCCCGGCUCCACGGUGAGGAAGCCGGUGACAGCGAGUGGGAUUUUGGCGCUCACUCACUCUCCGCUGUUGUUCAAGGGCAACGCCUGCUCUGCUAGUAAGAGAACACCCAACUUUAAAGAUGAAGCAGCGUCAGGGAGGAGGGUGGAGGGAGUGGAGGUCUCUCCCUUCAGCCAGUCAAUCAGACGGGCUGACACAGGACGGUCCUACAGCAGGAAGAGGCUGCUGCACUGAACGACAAACAUUGUCCGUUGUGUUUCACUGUGAGCCUUCCUCUCACACGCUUUGUCUGAGAGAGCUUUUGAUGGCAGAUCUGAAGGAUGUCUUUCAGGCGCCACUUGAAAGGCUGGAGCAUGAAUGUCCUAGGACCAGCUGUUUCUGUUUCAAUGAGGAGAUUUUAUUAUGAUAGGUACGUUUAGCUGUGAGUUGAAAAGCUAAGCAGUUCUUCCAAGAUGUUUAAAAUUGUUCCUAUUAAUGAUUUUAGCCACCUAAGUCUCCUGAAGCUAAAAUGGUGAUAUUAUGUCAUCAGUGUUUUUGAAAUAAGCAAUUUUACAAUCAAGUCUAAAUGUGUUGCUCUGAAUAUUCAUGUUUAUUUAUUAGUCUGUUUUUCUGUCAUAGUCUUGCUUUUUCUGUGAAAGGGAAGGGCCUAAUGAUUGAUUCAUAUUGUUAAUACCUUAUGUUGCAAAUACUUUAUGUAAAUAAAAAUCUGUUUUCUUAAUUAAGGAAGGAAAA